GAGUCGUUGAGGUGGUUGAGCUGGUUGAGGUGGUUGAGGUGGUGCUGUAACCAUGUCAACUGCCCUCGGCUUCGGGGGUUGCAGUGCUGACCAACAUCUGACCCUCGUGGCGAGCACAUGCGUUUAAUCGAUACGAACGGUGGCGGUUUCCGCUGGGCGCAGCCAACUCCGGGAGAACUGGAGUCAGUCCGGCUCUAAAGGCAGUAGGCGAUGGCAACUAACUCAGCUACUCAGCCGCCAGCAACCGUCUAGAAUCCAGAUGCGGGCCCAGCUUAGAAGCUAUUAUGGAUCUAUGUCUUAGGGGCUCGCAGAUCAACCUCGCCGCCCGCCAGAAAUCGAAGCCUAAGCUCGCCGCUCGCUCGCUGACGACCCUCCACAGCCCGUGUCCACACUUCCGGCCCCGCUCGGCCACCUUCCUGCAGCAGCGCAGCCGCUCCUCGCCCUUCCUGGGCAGACCGCAGUCCGCGGACCCCAAGUGCGGCCGUCGUCUGGGCAGCUUCUUCGUCGACAAGGAGCUGCGCCACAAGCGACAAGUGUCCUCCAACGACCUGCUGAAGUCCCUGCUGGAGGAGCCCAUCAAGCGCAGCUGGCUCUGCCGCAGCACCUGCAACUCCUCCGAGUCGGACUACUCGCUGCACAAGCGCACCCCCGACAGCAGCGAGGAGGGGGAGCACCUGGAGCACCUGGUGGCCAUGGCGGCCUCCUUCCCCUCCGCGCAGGGCCUCAGCAGCGGGGCCCUGCUGCAGCGCACCGCCAAGCCGGACCUCCCCGGCAGGGUCUCCUUCAGCAAGCCCAACGUGCACGCGGACCUGGACUCCAGCGACUGCGACAAUGACAAGCAGGAGGUGCGGCCCAGCAUCUCUGCUCCCGGACCCCUCGCGCUGCCCAGCUUCCUGGGCAAGGGGGAGCCGGCCGACUCCGGCGGCCAGAAGAAGUCCGUGCACUUCGGCUCCUCUGCCGCCGCCGAGGGGGAGGUGCUGGCCGAGACCUACGAGUACCCCAAGUGCCCCUCGGAGAACUGCACCUGCAGCACGCGCUCCUCCUCCACCACGAGCACCACGGAGGCCUCUGCCUCGGAGGCCAAGUGCGCCUGCGACGCGCCCAGCUGCCGCUUCGCGGAGUCAUCCUCCUCCUCCUCCCCGGGGAAGGUUCCGGUUCCAGAGACAGUUCCAGAGGCCCCCACCCCGGAACUGAACGUCAUCAGGGAGUACAAGCAGGCCGUCCAGGUGGUGAAGAACCACCUGGGAGGCGAGACCCUCAACAACAUCGAGCUGCUCCCCAGCUGCAACUUCCUGGACAAGUACGCCUCUCCGCCGAAGGAGAAGCAGAACAACCUGUCCGAGACCAGGAACCAGGUCACCAGUGCUUCCUCCGCCAACGGCGGGGCCGCCUCCUACAGAUCCGCCUCCAACCAGAGGAACUUCGGGGCCGAGAGCAACUUCCUGCCGGCGGUGCAGGACGACAGGAGGGCCUUCGGGAGCGGCAGCUCCGAGUCGGUGAUCAGCAACUACCUCAAGGUGGCCUCCACUCCGCCGUUCGUGGGCAAGAAGAAGGAGAACGUGAAGCCCGCCAGCGCGGACCCCGUGGCCAGGAGCAGCAAGUCCAGCAAGGGGACCAAGCCGGGAUCGGCCCCGCUGGGGAAGCUGAAGAAGGCCAUCAGCGUGGGCAGCCUGCGGGAGGAGCGCAAGCUGACGGAGUACAACCUGGACAAGGUGGACAGCUGGAUGAGCAUGCAGGAGCAGAAGCAGUUCGAGCACAAGCGAGGCCUGGAGGACUUGGACGAGGGCCAGGACAACGACUCCGCCUCGCAGCUCUCCUUGAAGUCGAACGAGGACUCCAGGGACUCCACGUACGACGAGAUCGUGUCCGUCAUCAAGGAGAUCGAGGAGGACAAAAAGAGGGACAACUUUUCAGAGCGCAUUCCCAGUGAGCUGAACCUGAAGCUGGAUUCCCGAUGCGAGACCGCCGAAACAACGACCCACAGCGAGGGAGCAGUUCCCGAGAGCGGAGACAAGUACAAGGACAUCCUGGCGUAUCUGAACAACGUGGAGAGCAGCUGCGACAAGACGCUGAUGGAAACCCGUCGCUCCAUCCCGGACAGCAACCGAUCCGAGGUGGAGUUCGUGGUGGAGCCCGACGUCACCGACGAGGUGCCAAAGCUCUCGGAGCUGCUGAUGCUGCCCAACCACCAGCUGGCCAGGCGGGUCAUCGCCCUCAGCCUGCGGGCCAACGAGCUGGCCAACGCCAUCCACCUGUCCAAGGAGCACGUCCUGCAGCUGCGCGGCGAGAAGCAGAAGAGCCUGCGGGCGGAGAAGUCCUCGGCGGCCGCCAAGCUGCGCGACCAGAAGAAGCACUACGAGGAGGUGGUGACCCGCCACCAGGGCUUCAUCGAGCAGCUGCUCAAGGACAAGGGAUCGCUCUGCGAGAAGGUGGCGGCGCUAACCCGCCGCCUGGAGAGCCAGAACCAGGCCUGGGAGCACCGCCUGGAGACGGAGCUGGCCAGGACCAAGGAGACGACCAUGGCCGGCGAGAAGAUCCGGCGCGAGCGCUGGGUGCGCGAGAACACCAAGAAGAUCAAGGAGCUCACUGUCAAGGGAUUGGAGGCGGAGAUCAACAAGAUGAACUGCGACCACCAGCGCGAGGUGACCGAGCUGAAGCGCGCCCACCAGAUGCAGCUGCUGGACGCCCUGGAGGAGGCGCGCACGAAGCACGAGCAGAUCGAGACGGGCAUCCGCGAGAGCUGCGCCCAGGACCGCGAGGCGGUGAUCGAGAAGGAGCGGGCGGCCAUCCGGGAGCGCUUCGAGCGCCAGCUGGAGGAGGAGCAGCGGGCGCAGGCCGAGCAGCGCCAGAAGCUCACCGAGGAGUUCGCCGCGGAGCGGGAGCGCCUCCAGGCGGAGCUGCGGCAGCGGGAGAGCGACCACCAGGCGCGCCGCCAGGAGGCGCUGCGGGAGCAGGAGCAGGAGCUGGAGCAGGCCAGGUUCGAUAUGCAGGAGCGCAUGGCCAAGCAGGAGGAGAAGUACCAGAACCGCGUCAACACCAUCGAGCAGCAGUACCGGGCGGACUUCGAGCUGUGGAAGGCGGAGCACGAGAACCGGGCCAAGCUGGCGCAGGCGGAGAAGGAGAACGCCAUCAGGCAGCACUACCGGGCGGAGCGGGACCGCCAGCUGGACGAGCUGGUGGUGCGAAUGGAGGCGGAUGCACUGCAGCACGGCGAGGAGCACGAGCAGAAGAUCACUCGGCUCAAGGAGAAGCAUGAGAAGGACCUGGCUCUGGCCGAGAGCGUGGAGAAGUCGCUGCGGGAGAAGUACGCCGAGACGCGCGGCAAGCUGGCGGAGGCGGACGCCCAGGUGCGGAACAGCCAGGCGGAGGUGCAGCAGCUCCAGCUGGAGCUCGGCCACAGCAAGAAGAUGUGCGGCGACAUCAUCAUGGAGCGGGACCGGCUGCGGGAAAACCUCAACGCGGACAUCCAGAGCGAGCUCGGAGUGCUUAGCGAGCGGCACAAGCAGGAAAUGGAGCAGCUCCAGAAGCGGGUGCACCAGACCAUCCAGCGGCAGGAGGAGACCAUCGAGAUCCUGAAGGGCGACAACGAUGCCCUCCGUCAGCAGUGCCUCAAGCUGAACGCGGUGAUCAGGCAGCAGCGCAAGGAUUACUGCGUCAAGUAGACAUCCCUUAUUCAUCAUUAACCCAUGGGAACUCCAAGCAAAGAAGCUCAAAUAUUAAUGUUAAGAACACUUUAAAUAAUAUCAAUAGACUAAGAUAAAUUUCUUAAAGUUCUACGGAACGUAUCUAAAUAAUGUAUCUAAAGGAUAAGCUAAUUGCUAAAGCUAGGUAGUAAAACAAAUAUAGGCGCUCGGAAU